UUUGUUCUUCCGAUCUUAGGAAGGCAAAUAUUAUCAUGGGAAGGAAGACUCCGUCGGGAAAUUCUUCGUCGGAGUCAGACCUCGAAAUAAAAGUACAACCUCGUAAUAGUGGCCCAGAGGAACGUGACCAACGUCUACAUUCUCGUCCUCCUCAGAUCCCACCACCAAAUUAUCAACCUUAUAAAAAAUGCCUCCCAUGGCUAGUCCCUAUAAUUAUUAUAGUCAAUAUUGUACUUUUUAUUUUUGUUAUGUACGUUAACGAUUGUCCUCGUAAUAGUAACAAUUGUUUUGGUAUCGACUUCUUUGGUCGUUAUGCAUUUCAAGAUGUUCAUGAGAACCCUUUACUUGGUCCCUCCACAACAACGUUACAAAAAUUGGGUGCUCUUGAUGUGAAUAAAGUAGUUGAAGGAAAACAAAUAUGGAGGCUAUUUUCUUGCAUGUGGCUACAUGCUGGUGUAUUUCAUGUUGCUGCCAAUAUGUUGAGCUUAUUAUUUGUGGGCAUUCGACUUGAGCAAGAGUUUGGAUUUUUGAGAAUUGGUCCACUUUAUGUUUUGGCUGGGGUUGGAGGGAGUUUAUUAUCAGCUCUAUUUGUGAGGAAAAAAAUUUCAGUUGGUGCUUCUGGUGCAUUGUUUGGUUUACUUGGAGCUAUGCUUUCUGAACUCAUCACAAAUUGGACAUUAUAUGAAAACAAGUUGGCAACACUACUUACAUUGCUUCUCAUAAUUGCAUUAAAUCUAGCUGUUGGAAUUCUUCCUCAUGUGGACAAUUUUGCACAUCUUGGAGGAUUUGUAACUGGGUUUCUUCUUGGUUGUGUCCUUUUGCUUCGUCCACAAUUUGGUUGGGUUAAUCUAAACAAAGCACCUCCUGGCUAUUUUGUGGCUUCAAAAAAAUCCAAGUACAAGAUUUAUCAAUACAUACUAUUGAUGUUCUCAUUAGCAUUUCUCUUAACUGGGUUUAUCCUUGGGUUAGCUCUAUUGACAAAUGGAUGGGAUGGUAAUGCACAUUGCUCAUGGUGCCAUUACUUAAGUUGUGUCCCAACCCCUCUAUGGAGUUGUACUGAAGCACGUUGUGCGACCAUCCAACUUGGGAAUCAAUUGAACAUGACUUGCACAUCAAAUCAUAAAAAUGGGACUUAUAUGUUGACAAAUCCCAAUAAUACAUUUGAAAUUCAAAUGUUAUGCUCCAAACUCUGCAAAUGAUGAGAUAAUUCAUAGUUGGGAAAUUAUUAUUUGUGGUGAAAAGUAUCAAGCAAUAU